UUCUUCAUCUAUUGUAUCAUUUCUUGAUUCUUUUGUUAGUGUUCGUAGCCUUUCAAAAGCUGUUCCAUUUGUUUAAAGACUUGUGUAGCUUGUUCUUGAUCUUGAGAAAACAAAAGAAAAUGGCAACUUCAAUUCAUUAUAAUAUUUUGACAUCUCCUGCAAAAGCAGCAGCCUUCAUGUUUGUGUUGCUGCUCUUGCACACCGCUUGCAAGGCUCAACUCACCUCUACAUUUUACAAAAAUUCUUGUCCAAAUGCACUCAGUACCAUCCGCACUUCCAUAAGGAAUUCAAUUGCAGCAGAACGAAGAAUGGCAGCUUCUCUCAUUCGCCUACACUUCCACGAUUGCUUUGUUCAGGGUUGUGAUGCCUCAAUCUUACUCGAAGAGACUCCAUCUAUCGAGAGUGAACAGACGGCAGUUCCCAAUAAAGAUUCCGCCAGAGGCUAUCGAGUCAUUGAAAAAGCAAAAUCUGAAGUAGAGAAGAUAUGCCCUGGAGUGGUAUCUUGUGCAGAUAUCCUCGCUGUAGCUGCAAGAGAUGCAUCCGCAUAUGUGGGAGGUCCAUCUUGGACAGUGAUGCUUGGAAGAAGAGACUCAACUACUGCUAGUAGAACACUAGCCAAUAGUGAACUGCCAAGUUUUACAGAUGGCCUGGACAGACUUAUAUCUCGCUUUCAAAGUAAAGGCCUCAGUGCAAGGGAUAUGGUUGCCUUGUCAGGUUCUCAUACUCUAGGUCAAGCUCAAUGCGUUACAUUCCGCGAUAGGAUAUACAACAAUGUCACUAUUGACGCUGGAUUUGCUAGCACUCGCCGGCGUGGCUGUCCAGCUGUUGGCGGUGAUUCAAAUUUGGCUCCCCUUGAUUUGGUCACACCCAAUUCUUUUGACAACAAUUAUUUCAAGAAUCUAAUACAAAGGAAAGGUCUUCUCGAAUCUGAUCAAAUUCUUUUUAGUGGAGGUUCAACAGACGGUAUUGUCUCAGAAUAUAGCAGAAGUCGCGCAGCUUUUAGCUCUGACUUUGCUUCUGCCAUGAUCAAAAUGGGAAAUAUUGAGCCUCUCACAGGAACCGCUGGGGAAAUAAGGAGGAUUUGCAGUGCUGUGAACUAGUUUUAUGUUCUUCUCGACCAAUUUGUUCAUUCUUUAUAAUUUGCACCAAGUGUAAAACAAAUGUGUGUCAUUCUUUUACUCAUUUCCGCUUGUAAUUCAUUUCAUUAAUUGUAUUUUUCCAUGUUGAAUAUUUAAAAUUAUAUUGUUAUUUAA